GCCACAGGCAGCAACAUAUGAAUCUCGUGAUCUUUUUCCCGUUUAUACACCCCCCGUCUCCAAACUAGCCGCAGAGGCAUCAUAAUUUCAAACCAUUCCAUAUCUUUAUCAACUCUAUCAACUCUAGUUAAUCACUUUUUUUAUUUUCGAUUCUGUAACACCGCCCCACUUGUUCGUGUUCCUGAUCUGCAGGGCUCGCAGUGCAUCUUCUCCACGAUGUUGAAGCCCUUCCAAAUCAGAAACCUUCGGGUAUCCACUCAGCGCCAACCCGAGCAGUUUUCGGACUCUCGUACUCCUGCAGCAGUGGUCCAGAUCUCUGCUACAGAUUACGAUGAUUUGGCGUCAAACCAUCCCCGCGCAAGGUUGACUUACAUGGAUGACGAUGAUGAUGACGAAACAAUCACCGUUGGAUCCGCUCUCGAGCUCUCUCAGCGCCUUGAGGAACCCCUAGACAUUAAUACACAGCUUGAAUCCGUCGAACUUUCUCCCCAUGAUAUCAGUCCGAUGCACAUAUUUGAUAUUCGUCGAUCAAACUCCGUGACCGAGUUGUGGAAGCGAUUUGAAGACAACGUUCCAAAACAAGGCUCGGUUGGUGAGAAGAACGACACGCAAGCUACUUCUAAGGCUAUUGUCCUCGAAGAGCAGCAUGAAGUACCGGUUCCUCAUAGCCCGACCUCGCCAUCGGUCUCUGGGGACCAGCCUCGACCUCUUAUGGAAGCAUUUGAGGCUGAGCUAGCAGAGAUGCUCGAUGCUGCUGAGUCCUCGGAGAGUGGAGUACCUCAACCUAACUCGCCACCGACUAGUGAGCAGUCAACCAACACAAACUCAGGGCGAUCCCCUCAUCCCGUUGAGAUUUUGGCGGCACAGGUUCUAGACCAGCUGAUCAACGGAGCUACUAUGGUACAAUCUGAAUGGAGAUCCAAAAUGCCUGAGCUACAGCGACAACUACAGAAUGCUCAGAGACAAUUUGAGGCUGCACAGAGAUCUCUGCCUGAGAACGUGGAAGCGUCCUUGCGGACACUACUCGCCACUGUUGAGGCUCACUUAAGAACCGCUUUUAAUAAUCUUCCAGAUGGCGGAAGGCAAAUGGCAGAAGAUGCCUUCCAAGCAGGAAGACCUGUCGCUGAGAAUGCCGCUGAUGGUUUUCGUAUGAUGGCCUCCGAACUCAACGAGGUCGGAAGAACAUUAUUUGCCGCAUUUGAAAGCGAGUUUGGGCGCCCUAGAUCAGCAGCCUCUACGUCAACCUCUACUUCCGAUGUAUCAAACCCUGGAGCAUCUGGGCCGUUCUUUAAUACUGCUGCAAGCAACCAAUCUGUGGCUCCGGACACUGUGUUUUCCCAGUCCUCAAACGCACAUCCUGCAAGCACAGUCACAAACGAGAAAUCAACAGCAGACCCAGGUCAAUCGAAUCCAUCUAAUACUCCACAAGCAGGAGUACCCCCCAUCCAAAGUCGUCAUGGUCAACCCACACCCGCUCACUCAAAUCAUUGGGCACCUCCCUCAUGGCCUGCUCCAUUUUGGAAUCCAUUCCAAACUUAUAAUGCACCCGCCCCUCACUGUCCUCCUCUACCGCCGGCAUCGCUGCCGAAUUUCAUUCACUGGCCGCAAGGGCCACCUGCGCCUCCGCCUCCCCCUCCUCCUGCGUUCAAGGCCCCGUUGAAUGCUCCGCAGACAUCACAAAUCAAGACUGGAGAAUCGAAAAACAGCUCAGCAACUAAAUCCUUGUUCGUCGGGAAUGUUGGUUUCAAGGUUACCGACAAGAUGAUACAAGAUGUGUUUGCUGCCAAGGGAUUCCUUGUCAAGGUAGACCUCCCACUAGAUACCGCAUCAGGAAGACAUGCAGGCUUUGGCUACGUUCAUUUCCCCUCAGAUUAUCCGGCUUUUGCUGCAAUGGAAGCAUUGCAAGGUGCUGUCAUUGACGGUCACUCGAUAAACCUUGAGCCUAUGUAUCAUCCCCCCAUCGAAAGUGUGCGUCCGGCGCAGAUUUCACUCAAUACCAGUACAACCACACACGAUACUCAGACAGACCGCCCUCGGGCUGAGACGAGCGAUGCAACCGAUGCCUUUUGGUCCCCGCUUGGUGUCAAGCUACAAAAGAGUCCAUCCAAGCCUGGCAAAACAGAUAAUCGGAGAAAGUCUGUCAGUUUCGUAGACCUCACGCAAAAUGUUGAUCCUGGUCAAGCUCAGACGGAAUCGUCCGCACUACUUGACUCUCCAAGCGACGACCCUGCAUUCAGCGCACGGUUUCCCUCGCUUUUACCCGAGACGAGCGCACAGCAUAAUGAUCCACUGAGUGGUCGGAGUGUUUCCUCAUACUCGCACACGGAGUCUCGUUUCCCGCCUGUGUCUCAAUGGGAGGCCCAACUUCUUGCAAAUCGGCAGGAACGCGGUGGAACAGAACCUAUAACUGGUGUUUUGGACAGUCAAUCACCAAACAACCCAAAGCACCGUGACGGGCUCUCCACUCACGGUUCACCCUUUCAUCCUACCCCGAAGGCACUUGAUCGAUCUCAACCAGCUUCUCCUCUGGAUGCACCCGGCAAUCUAUCAUCGGCCGUUGACGCUGGACGACCUUCCGACCAUAGUAAAGCAAUUCGGGAUCAAAUUGGUCAUUCUUCCGGUGCCAAUAAGACUGUGCGCCCAGUUGUAGAUCUCAAUAAUACCCAGCAUGCGGCCAAAUUGAAGCGUCGAGCCACUGAGCACAAAACUCAUAAACCAAAUCAUCGGCACGCUGCGGAGACUGGCCGUCAUAAUCCCCUCAAGCAUUCCGCAAGUAUGCGUCAUCCUGGGGAUAGAUCACAUGGUCCUGUGGAAACAGACACAUGGGCUCGGCUGUCUAGGCGAGAACGAAAUGGUGCAUCUUCUCACGAGCAAAUCCCCGGAAGCUUCCCGGUGGAAGAUACGAGGGCCGAACCCUCUAGUACUCUUGCUGCCAGUGUUCCGGAGCAUGAUGAUGCGGCAAUCGAACGAUGUGUCUCUGCUCUUGUCGACAUGGGCUACGGUGCUGAACAGGAGGGUGGACGGUCGAGGAUGGCUGUAUAUGCAGCUAUGGCAAAUGGUGUCCUCAUGGAUGCGAUUGAUAUGAUUGAAGAGGAAAGAUGGAUCUAUGAACGGCUGCCUUCGCAGUGAGGCAUGGAAUAUUUGCUGCUUUUUUGUUUCAGGGUCAUAUAACGACCCAGUCAUUCCUUUAGCUGCAGUUUAGCUUGACUGGAACUCUUGCGGCGUCAUUUACUUUCGGUAGUGUUUUGAAUCCCACUCUUUGUUUUAGUGACUUGCUCAGCCAAUUAUCCAUGGAUUUUUCGAGGCCUCAACACAGUACUAUAUAUCCCACAAGGAGAUAGUAUAUCCACCUUUAAAUGAACUUUCUUUUAUUGUUUUUGUUUGAUAUCCU